CUCACUCUCUCAUGUGACACACCCGAGAUAAGCAUGCCCCGUCCGCUCUCGCAGUCACACAACAGCAAGUUCACAUUAACAUCGAGGGGUGCUUCUGUAAUUUCACAUGCUAUCUAAACUCUAAAUCUACGCACACAGACAAUCGGCCGUUUGUCUGAUCCACUUUCCGGCGACGCGGAAAUCUCUCCGUUUGUCCACAACCUCCACACUCGCCUUUCAACAUCUUCAGGACUCCCCUAUCAGCACACUAAAACGCGACUACACUCUGUUGCAUUUGUACAGGGUGGUAGUGCACUGUACAAUGCACCAAUGGCUCAGUACCGACAAUCGGGAUACGGCAAUGGCGGCGGCGGAUUCGCUCGGAAUGGUGGAGUCGCACCGGAUCACGUGCCGAUUGUGACUCGCCACUCCACGCACAAGCAGCAGCAGCAGCAGCCGCCGCGGCAUGCUCACCAACACCACCGUCGGUUUAAGGUUCGCAAGAUCUCGAUCGGUGCUUUCGUCGUCAUUCUCUCCGUCGCCUUCACCGUCUCCGUCGUUGCUUUUCUGUAUAUUACUUCCCAAAAUAAAGAAUUUAAUCAAAGUCAUUCUCAGGAUGAUGACAUUGAAGAAGAUCUGGAUUUUCUUACCAACGUGACACGGACACAAGGACAGAAGGUACAUUUUGGACAUGGAUCAGUUAAACAGGGCAGGGAUUCCCGAUAUUGGGACAGGGAUGACAGGAGAAGAGACAAUGAUUAUAGUGAGGAGGAGUUGGAAAGGAACCGCAAUGUCACCCAGGAUAAGGUCCAAUCUCCUCCAAAGGGAAAGAACAGUGAUGAGAAGUCUUCAAGUUCUGAAUCUGUUAAAGAUUUGGAUCAUAGAGGCAAAGGCUUAUACAAUGAAGCUGGGCGUGAUGAACUAAAAGUGUAUGAAGCUAAAUAUCAGGCUUCUUUAGACAGUAUUGGCCAAUCACAAGAGGGAAAUAUCACGGAGAACCAUCCAUCUGAUAUUAUAAAUAAUGGAACAAAGAGUGAGACGAUAGACAUUGAUAAAGACAAUUCAAACACGGAAGAAUAUGAUGAGUAUGACCGUGAAGAUGGGGACUAUUCUACUACUGUUGGUGUGAAUAACAUACAUUCUUUUGGUAAACAUGAUGCUGGGAUAAAGAAUAAAGGUUUUAAAGAGGCUGGUAAAGCUUCCACUGUUUCGUCUAAUGAUCAUCCCUUCUCAAAGUCUCAACAUUUCAAAGGUAGCACAAAUUCAAUCCAUGACAGUCAGGAUGCAAGGACUGCAUCUGAAAAGCGACCAGCUUCAAGGAAGAGAUCAAAGCGGCGCUCUUGUGAAAUGAAACUGUUGAACUCUUCUGCACUGCUUGUAGAACCUUUAGAAAGUCGAAAAUUUGCAAGGUUUUCUUUACAGUACACAGAAAGAGAGGAUAAGACUGUUGGAGAUGAAACAUGGGAACCAAGAUUUGCUGGACAUCAGAGUAUGCAAGAGAGGGAAGAAUCUUUUCUUGCCCACAACCAAAAGAUUAACUGUGGUUUUGUCAAAGGCCCUGAAGGAGCUCCAUCUACAGGUUUUGACUUGGCUGAGGAUGAUGCAAAAUACAUUAGUAGUUGCCACAUUGCUGUUAUAUCAUGUAUAUUUGGAAAUUCAGAUCGUUUGAGAAUGCCAGCAGGCAAAAUGAUCUCUAGAACAUCCAGGAAAAAUGUUUGCUUCGUUAUGUUUGUGGAUGAAGCUACUUUACAAUCUCUCUCAUCAGAAGGGCGAAUGUUGGAUAGCAUGGGCUUCAUCGGUUUAUGGAAAAUUGUGUUAGUGAAAAAUUUGCCUUACACUGACAUGCGGAGAGUGGGAAAGAUACCAAAACUUUUAUCACAUAGACUUUUUACUUCAGCCAGGUAUUCGAUUUGGUUAGAUAGCAAACUAAGAUUGCAGCUAGACCCGCUUUUGAUCUUGGAGUAUUUUCUCUGGCGAAAGGGUCAUGAAUAUGCUAUUUCCAAUCACUAUGACCGGCACUGUGUCUGGCAGGAAGUUGCUCAAAACAAGAAACUAAACAAGUACAAUCAUAGUGUCAUAGAUGAACAAUUUGAAGUCUACAAGGCUGAUGGACUAAAACAAUUUGAUGCUUCGGAUCCUGACAAGCUUCUUCCAAGCAAUGUACCUGAAGGAUCUUUUAUUGUAAGGGCUCAUACACCAAUGUCCAACUUAUUUUCUUGCCUUUGGUUUAACGAGGUCGAUCGGUUUACACCUCGUGAUCAGCUCAGUUUUGCAUAUACAUACCACAAGCUGAGAAGGAUGAACCCCGAGAAACCUUUCUAUCUCCAUAUGUUCAAGGACUGCGAGAGGCGAAAGAUAGCUAAAUUGUUCCGUCAUCGAUCUAAUCUGAUGAGAGGAGGAAGAUGAUCUCCCAAAGAGAGACGGAGUAGACUCUGGAGACACUAAAUUUUGGUGGAUAGUUGAUUGAUUGAUUGAUUCAAGCUGGUGUAUAAAGACAUGCCAAUGUGCUAUAUAUUACCUGUAAUACAUAUUGUAUAGUGCAAUCCCCGAUGAAGAGGGGAUACAUUUCCAGAACCACGACUUUACGGGCUCCCGCUUUAUGGAAAUUAGAGAAGAUCAGCAUCGGAGAUUCGGAGCCUCCAUUAUGGCUCUUAAAGUUUCAUUCAUUGCCUUCAGCCUACCAGGUGAGGCACCCCCAUAUCUUUUCACAUGUAUUUAACUAUUUACCAAUGCCAUGGUUCUUGGUGCACUGUAUUUUUUUUAUAAACUGAGUGUCAUAUUUGUUGUUCGUUUAUUGAUAAUGGGCAUUUAUUCAAGUUUUCAUAGUUUUAUUUGAUUAAUGA